AAGCCGGCGAGUUGUUUUGAGACGAAAGAAUCUGAGCGCAACUGACAGGUGUUGGAGCCGGGGGUGAUUCAGGAAAGCUAGCCAAAACCCGGCGGGUUAUAUGUCCGGCUUCAACGGGAAAGUUGUUCCGAGUCGGCACCACUGCUGCAGGUGGUGGUGGUCGCGGAAGGGAGAAGGAAGGGCAGGGUUUUUUAGCUUCCCGGGACUUCACGGCUCCAGACGCACAGUUAGCGAGCUAGCUUACGCGGUUAGCUAGCUUGCUUGCUGCUAGCUGUCCAGCUAGCUGUCAAGCAAGCUAAUUAGCCAGGCGUUAGCUAGCUGGCAAGCUGUAGUUUACAGACAAAACAGGUAGAAAAUCGUGGUAGCUAGGUAGUUUGUUACGUAGCCAUUUGGUAUAUAGCUAGCGCUAGCUAAACAGUUAUGAACAGAUAUACGGAUAAGACGUCUUUACUGAGCUCUCCACAGAGCCCUGAAAAUAGAGGUUCAUCUAUGAGCAGCAACUCCAGUGACUGGGAUUUGGGGAACGAUGUUUUCGUGUGCUGCUACGAGGAACCCACUGGCGACACGAUCCACGGGGGGAUGCACUCCGUGCAGCCGGGUCUGGACCGGCGCUUGCCACUGCUGCGUGCCCGUCACCGGUCGCCCCAGGACGGCAUGAUGUUGGGCCUAGUGGAAGAGGCUUACCCCGGCUGCCACAGCCGUGUGCCCGACUCUGGUGCAGCCUACCUCGAUGCCGGCGAGCUGGACUACAGCGAGAGCGACGGCAACGUCGCCCCCCUGAUGGAGACCCGAAAACGGAACCGAUCGAGCAGCUCCAGACACCGCUACGAGGUUGUCACGGAGCUGGGGCCCGAGGAGGUCCGGUGGUUCUACAAAGAGGACAAGAAAACCUGGAAGCCUUUCGUCGGGCACGAUUCUCUGAAAAUCGAGGUCAUGUACCGCAAAUUCUGCGAACUGAACCCGGGGAAGGCCAAACGCCAGGGCCCCGUGGGCAUGGAGGCAGAGUGCGAGGGAGAGACAGCCGAUGGGUCGGAUGCGCCAGCCGGAGAGAGAGAGGGGGCUGAGGAAGGGGGACAAAUGACAGCAGAACCUAGGCGUAGGGUGUCUGAAGACAGGGCAUCUGCGGUGGAGAGAUCAAACUCGGCGGAGGAAAGAGAUCCGGACACAGUUAGCGUCAGCUUUGAGGCGGUCUGCGUCCGAGGGGGUCUCUAUGAGGUAGACGUUAAGGAGAAGGAAUGCUACCCAGUGUAUUGGAAUCAGCAGGAUCGUAUCCCGGUGAUGAGGGGGCAGUGGUUCAUCGAUGGCACGUGGCUCCCCCUGGAGGAGGACGAGAGCGACCUUAUCGAGCUGGAGCACUUGGCCUGUUUCCGAGGGCAACAGAUGCAGGACACCUUUGACACGGACGUGGUGGCCAAGACCGUGGACAGCAAAGACGCCGUUCACAGCCUGAAGUUAAGUCGGAGCCAUGUUGACUGGCACAGCGUGGAUGAGGUGUAUCUGUACAGCGAUGCCACCACUUCCAAAAUUGCACGCACUGUCACGCAAAAGCUGGGAUUCUCCAAAGCCUCGAGCAGUGGCACGCGACUCCACCGGGGCUACGUGGAGGAGGCGUCCCUCGAGGACAAGCCCCCGCAGACCACGCACAUCGUCUUUGUCGUGCACGGCAUCGGGCAGAAGAUGGACCAGGGCCGCAUCAUCAAGAACACUGGCAUGAUGAGGGACGCCGCCCGGAAGAUGGAGGAGAAGCACUUUUCAGAGCACUCCUCCGAGCACGUAGAGUUCCUGCCCGUGGAGUGGAGGUCCAAACUCGCACUGGAUGGAGACACAGUGGACUCCAUCACCCCAGACAAAGUGCGAGGACUGAGGGAUAUGCUGAACAGCAGUGCCAUGGACAUCAUGUACUACACCAGUCCUUUGUACAGGGAUGAGAUCACAAAGGGCCUGACCCAGGAGCUUAACAGGCUGUACUCGCUGUUCUGCUCCCGGAACCCGGAGUUCGAAGAGAAGGGUGGGAAGGUGUCCAUCGUGUCCCACUCCCUGGGCUGCGUCAUCACCUUCGACAUCAUGACCGGCUGGGACCCGGUGCGCUUCUGCCUGCAGGAGCAGCAGGAGCUGGAGGAGACGGACCUGCGCUGGCUCAGCUACGAGGAGCGCCACUUACUGGAGCAGCUUCAGCUCACAAAACAGAGGCUGAGGGAAUUGGAGGAUCAACUUCAAGGGCUGGAGGCUGCCAAAGCUCUAUCCACCCCACCCUUGAAAUUUAAGGUGGAGAACUUCUUCUGCAUGGGUUCUCCUCUCGCUGUUUUCCUGGCCUUGCGAGGGAUUCGACCGGGGAACAGCGGGUACCAGGAUCACAUCCUGCCCAAAUCCAUCUGCCAACGCCUGUUCAACAUCUUUCACCCCACUGACCCUGUGGCAUACAGACUGGAGCCGCUCAUCCUGAAGCACUAUAGCAAUAUUGCACCUGUCCAAAUACACUGGUGUAACACCACCAAUCCCACGUCUUACGGCGAGAUCCGGCCGACCUUCAUCAACCCGGUGAAAGAGACGGCCUCCGACACAGAGAGCAUCCCCAGCCCCAGCACGUCGCCUGUCCUGGCCCGCAGGCACUACGGAGAGUCCAUCACCAACCUGGGCAAGGCCAGCAUCCUGGGUGCGGCAAGCAUCGGCAAGGGCAUCGGCGGGAUCCUGUUCUCCCGCUUCUCCCGCUCCAGCAGCCAGGCGUCCGUGGCGGAGGGCGGGACCGCCGAAGGGGAGGAGAAAAGGCCGGGGGACAGCCAAUCGUCGUACGGCCUGUCCACCAUGUCCCAGUCAACCUCGAACCUCAUGGACACUACAUUGGAGCUGGAGCACCGCAUCGACUAUGAGCUACGCGAGGGCUUGGUGGAGAGCCGCUAUUGGUCUGCAGUGACGUCGCACACAGCCUAUUGGUCCUCUCAUGACGUGGCGCUGUUUUUGCUGACCUUCAUGUACAAGCAGAAUGAAUCGCCUGAAUCCACUGAAGACAAUCCUGAUCCGGUGUAACGGGCGAAAACAAAGCAGUAAAGCCACACAUGCACAAACAAGUACACACACACACACACACACACAUGCAGAGACAUCAUACCUCUCUCUUUCUCUCACACACACACACAAACACACACACCUCCCAAAACACACAGACCUCCUGCUCACUCUCUGGGUCCAUUCACAAACUUGCACAAGGCGAAGCAUCUGGUCCAGUCUCCCUCUUGCCGGACUCACGGGUGACGCGUUGGACAACAGCCUCACAAGGUUGGAGCUCAUGCCGCUGACCAGUUCCAGAACUCGCCCUGACCAGUGGAGCAUGGAGGGAUCCACGAGACUUAGUGCCCCCCGGUGGGCUGGAGGUGUCUCUGCACACUGUGGUGGAGUCGUCAUGCCUGUCCAGCAGAGACCUCUCUGCGCUCCCCUCUCCCCACUCAUCCACUGUAGCAGCACUGGUGUAGCCCCACCCAACCCACAGCCUUCCCAUUGACCUUGCAAGAGCUGCACCGCGCACAACCACAGACAUCUCUGUCCUCUAGUGCUUUCUCAUCUCC